CACAAGGACUAGAUUUUGUCUCGGAGAGAAGAGAGGAAAGAAGAGGAGGAACCUCUGGCCCAUACAGAUUACUGUUCAGUACCUCGUGUGCUGCUCCAACAUGGAAGGCACCAUCGACUACACAGAUGAUCUAUUUUCUGAUUCAGAGUUGUGGGACAACAUGACGGCUGCUAACACCAGCUCUGUUUUCAUGCCUAUGCUGUCGCCGGUACUGGACAAAACCAUCAACAUACUUUUGGUAAUCGUCUUGUUCAUCACCAUGGUUUCACUGGGAUGCACCAUGGAGGUGUCUAAGAUCAAGCGACACAUAGUGAAGCCUAAGGGGGUGACAAUAGCAGUGCUGGCCCAGUAUGGUGUCAUGCCUCUUACAGCCUUUUGCUUAGCUAAGGUGUUCUGGCUGGACGAAAUGACGGCUGUGGUGGUUCUGAUCUGUGGCUGCUGUCCUGGAGGAAGUCUCUCCAACAUCCUGGCUCUGGCUCUGCAGGGGGACAUGAACCUCAGCAUUGUGAUGACUUCCUGCUCCACGUUGCUGGCUCUGGGCAUGAUGCCCCUGCUGCUCUACCUCUACUGUCAGGGUUUCACAAACCUGCAGAACUCAGUGCCCUACGUGGACAUCAUCGUAUCGCUGUUCAUGAUUCUCAUUCCCUGUGGAGCCGGCAUCCUCAUCAACUACCACAGGCCGCGGUACGCCAAGACCAUCACAAAGGUCGGCCUCAGUAUAAUGAUGAUUUCUGUUGUGGGGAUCGGCACCGUUGCCAGCUUUGCAAUCGGUGGCUCCAUCCUGACGGUGCUGUCUCCUCCUCUGAUGGCCAUCGGGGCUCUCAUGCCUUUCACAGGCUACACCUUCGGAUACAUCAUCUCCUCACUCUUCAAACUCAACCAAUCGGAGCGGAGGACCGUUGCUAUGGAAACAGGCUGUCAGAACAUCCAGCUGUGCUCCACCAUACUGAAGUUGGCCUAUGCCCCCGAGGUGAUCGGCCCUCUGUUCCUGUUCCCCAUGGUCUACGUGUCCUUCCAGCUGCUGGAGGCGGCCGUGCUCAUCGUGCUGUUCAGGUGUCACCAGAGGUUCACGCCAACAGAGGAAGGCACAUACCAGCCAGCAAGCACUGAGGACAAGUUAAAAGAGGCGUGUGAGGGGACGGUAUGAUGAACGGACCUCAAACAGCUCCUGAAUUUUUGUCCAGCAAUGUGAACUCUUGGGAGACGAGACAAAGCCCUGCAGUUCACUCAGGGCUCCUCUAGUACUUGAAGCAAAUUGCAAAGAUGUGAAUCUGCAAGGAAGCCAUUUUGUGCCAAGUAA